AUGGCCGCGUCAACAGGCGACAACCCCAAUGCGCCGCGCGGCGAGCCUGCUCCCGAGCUGCUCGACGGGCGCAUCUGGGUCGACGGCUGCUUUGACUUUUUCCACCACGGCCAUGCGGGCGCCAUGGUGCAGGCGCGGCAGCUCGGCGACGAGCUACUCGCCGCCACAAACGCCUGCCGCUGGGUCACCGAGUCCGUCAGCCACGCGCCCUACGUCACGGAGCUGCCCUUCAUCUCGCACUACGGCUGCCGGUACGUCGUGCACGGCGACGACAUCACCUCGGACUCGGACGGCAACGACUGCUACCGCUUCGUCAAGCAGGCCGGCCGCUUCAAGGUGGUGAAGCGCUCCCCCGGCAUCUCCACGACGGACCUCGUCGGCCGCAUGCUGCUCUGCACCAAGACGCACUUCAUCCACUCCCUCCAGAAGAUGCUCGCCGGCCAGGAAGGGUACGGCUCGCCCGACGAGCGCCGCGCCCAGGGCGAGGCCAUGCUCGCGCGCCUGCGCCUCUACGCCACCGACGAGACGGCCAAGGCGCCCGGCGCGGAGGUGUGGUUCUGGACGCCCUCGCCGGGCACGCCUACGGAUGCGGUCGCGGGGGAUGAGAAUGGCGGCUCGUUUGAGCGCCUGCUCGCCGGCAAGGGCCCGCUGCCGGGCCAGCGCGUCGUCUACGUCGACGGCGGGUACGACCUCUUCUCGAGCGGGCACAUCGAGUUCCUGCGGCGCGUGGGCGUCGCCGAGGAGGAGCUCGCGCGGGGCGCCGGCUGGUUCGACGAGGCGGCCGUGGCGAGGCGCAAGGCCUCCAACGGCGGCAAGGACUACGGCCCGGCGUUUGUCGUGGUGGGCGUGCACGAGGACGAGGUCAUCAACGAGUGGAAGGGCGUCAACUACCCCAUCAUGAACAUUUUCGAGCGCGGCCUCUGCGUCCUGCAGUGCAAGUACAUCAACGCGGUGGUGUUCGGCGCGCCCUUUACGCCCACAAAGACGUACCUCUCUACGCUGCCCUUCGGCGGCGUGCCCGCCGCGAUAUACCACGGCCCCACGGCCUUCAUGCCCCUGACGUACGACCCCUACGAGGCGCCCAAGGCCAUGGGCAUAUACCGCGAGAUCGGCGCCCACGCCUUCUCCGAGGUCAACGCCGGGCAGAUUGUCCAGCGCAUCAUGCGCAGCCGCGACAUGUACGAGGCGCGGCAGCGCGCCAAGGGCGUCAAGGCCGAGGCCGAGGCGGCGGCGCGCGAGCGCGAGGUGCUCGAGGAGGAGCAGCGGCGGAGGGAGGCGGAGCGGCGGGCGUAG